AUGUCCAAAUUCGUCGAGGAGCUCUGGGAGUCCAUCUUCACGCCGGGGCCCACGCCCACGUUGCUGAUUGCCACCAAUGUCACCUUUGCCGUCCUGCAGGUCGUCCUGUUCGCGCUCCUGAUCGCCACCUACUCGAUCCACUUUAUCAUUCUGUCGGUCCUGUCGGCCGGCCUCUGGUGGGCCAUCAACUGGUUCGCGCACGAACUGCAAGUGGCGCGCGCCUUGCAGGACGAAGAGGAGGAGAAGCAAAAACACAAGCAGCGGCGCCGCGCGGCCGUGGCGGCCGCGACGGCGUCACCCGUGUCCACAGACAGCGAGACGGAGGUGGAAGAGAGCGAUGUGGGCGCGACAAGAGAAAAGGCCACAGGCCAGAGCAGCGGUGGCAGUCGUGGACAGGUGCGGCACCGCACGACGGCAAGACAGGCGGCAGCAGAGGGCAGCGCCGGAGCAGCGCCGACACUGGCCACGGCGGCAGGGACGGCGGCCACAACGACAGGCGAUGCGCCCGGGAGCCAGGACAGUAACAAUUCCAGCACCGGCAGCGGUAGCCAGCGUUUGUCGAGCAGCCGGUCCGGUGUCAGCACCGAGGACGAGUGGGAGAAGGUGUCGGAGAAUGAACAGUAG